CCCGCCGCCUCUCCGCGAGCGCGCCACUCGGCGGUCGCCGCUGACCUGCCCGCGCCCGCCGCAGCCGCCCCGCGGGGGCAUUCAUUCUUGCCGCUUGCCUCUCUCCGGACCGAGCGUAGGGGCUGCACUGUAGCGGUUUUGUCCCCCGUCUGCUUUUUUCCUCCCCCCCCACCCCCCUUUUUUUUCUUUUUUCUUUUUUGUUUUGUUACUCUUGCCUCUCCUAUGUUCGGGAAACGAGACAAAAUGGACGUUCGGUGCCACUCGGACGCAGAGGCUGCCCGGGUCUCGAAGAACGCGCACAAGGAGAGCCGGGAGAGCACGGGCGCGGAGGGGAACCUCCCUGCCGCCUUCCUCAAGGAACCGCAGGGCGCCUUCUCUGCGUCUGGCGCCGCGGAAGAUUGUAACAAAAGUAAAUCCAAUUCAACCGCGGAUCCGGAUUACUGCCGCCGGAUCCUGGUCCGAGAUGCCAAAGGGUCAAUCCGAGAGAUCAUCCUGCCCAAGGGCCUGGACCUGGAUCGGCCCAAGAGGACGCGCACUUCCUUCACUGCAGAGCAGCUCUACCGGCUGGAGAUGGAGUUCCAGCGCUGCCAGUACGUGGUGGGCCGGGAGAGAACCGAGCUCGCUCGGCAGCUCAACCUCUCGGAGACCCAGGUGAAGGUCUGGUUCCAGAACCGGCGCACGAAGCAGAAGAAGGACCAAGGCAAGGACUCGGAGCUGCGCUCGGUGGUGUCGGAGACGGCGGCCACGUGCAGCGUGCUGCGGCUGCUGGAGCAGGGCCGCCUGCUGUCGCCGCCCGGCCUGCCUGCGCUGCUGCCGCCCUGCGCCACAGGCGCACUCGGCUCGGCGCUACGCGGGCCCAGCCUGCCGGCCCUGGGCGCGGGCUCUGCCGCGGGCUCGGCAGCCGCCGCCGCCGCCCCGGGUCCCGCAGGCGCCGCGUCCCCGCACCCGCCGGCCGUGGGAGGCGCUCCGGGCCCCGGGCCCACCGGGCCAGGGGGCCUGCACGCGGGCGCGCCGGCCGCCGGCCACGGCCUCUUCAGCCUGCCCGUGCCCUCGCUGCUCGGGUCCGUCGCCAGCCGCCUCUCCUCCACCCCGUUGACAAUGGCCGGUUCGCUGGCCGGGAAUUUGCAAGAACUCUCCGCCCGAUACCUGAGCUCCUCGGCCUUCGAGCCUUACUCCCGGACCAACAAUAAAGAAGGGGCCGAGAAAAAAGCGCUGGACUGAUCUUAAGUGUUUUCCUGUAUUUAUAUUUACAGUAUCUAUCGUGGUGAUAUUUAUGGACUCACGCGCAUUAGGCACCCGGGGCCCCUGCGCUGGGCUCCCGGCUCCCAAGAGGCCUCUGACAGCUCUCCUUCCCCACCAGGCUCUGCUACCAAUAUUACCCCAUUUGGGCUAUUUUUCCCCCUACUGUUCCUCUGUGUCCUCCCACACCCAUCCUUCGCCCCCAACUUCCUUCUGAAUCCAGGAGAAUCCAAAGAAUUGGGGGAAAAGCCCGAGUUAGCCAACCUGAUGCCCCAACCAGUGCCUGGCCCUGGAGGGUAAAGUCUGGUUCUAAGUCCGGAGCACAGGACAUCUGCUCUAGAUCGAGCCACUGCUGCCGUUGAUUAUUCUUAUGGAUAUCUGAAAAAGGAAGCUGCGAGCAGACCCCAGCUGAAAAGGCUGACAGAUUUCAUUAGACCGAAAAGGAGGACGUUCCUUCCUCUCGCCAGAGAAACCAGGGCUUUCAGAAGCCCCUGGGCCCCACUUUGCGGACUUCUCGAGAGAGCCGGUGCACACGCAGCUUCCUGGCUGGACAAAUCCUGCCGAAUUUUCUCCCCUUUAAAGAAACUCCAAUCACAACCACCCCCCGACCCCAGGAGACAAUAAACCAAACAUCGUGAUGGGCAGCGGCGGUAAUAAAUUUGAUCUCAUCAGCAAUAAAAGGA